UGCAUUUGCCAAAGGUCAAAGAGCCGUGGGAUGAGUCACGCAAUCCCCAGCCACUUGGCCCUUUUGCAGAAAUACACAAAACGUGUAGAGUCACUUAAUUUCAUCUCCUCCUAAGCUCUUCACAUGGAAAUUGGCCGCUCGGGCGAGCGAUGUUUUUCACCAAAGCCAAGUGUCGACCGGCGAUUAACACUCGCUGGGAAGAACACCUUCCCGGCCAUUUGGGAGCUGCACGCGUUCACACCCGGGGCCGGGCGCGGCCUGCAGGUUUCUGGAGACCGUGGCAGGAACCCCGAGGCGAGGAAGAGGAGCAGGUGCCGCCCCUCCCUGCGGAAGAGGUACCCUGUGGCCCCGGAAUGACCGAAGACUCGGGAAAGCUUUCCCAGUAUCGACACCCAGUCAGACUGUUUUGGCCCAGAUCAAAGUGUUAUGAUUACUUAUAUCAAGAAGCAGAAGCUCUUCUGAAAAAUUUUCCAAUUCAAGCCACAAUUUCAUUUUAUGAAGAUUCAGAUAGUGAAGAUGAAAUUGAGGAACUGACCUGUGAAAAUCAAUCUGAUUAGUUACUUUUGAUGACAUUCAAGGUUACAAGAUUUAAAUUUAGUGUACAAAUGUAUUAUAAUCCUUUCAAACUAAUUUAUUUGUAUAUAAACUAUUAAUAAAAUGGAAUAUUUUAUAAUUA